GUCUGCGUCACAUGUCUCAGCACGUAGAGACGCUCGCACGAUUCGAGAAGGACGUGAAGCGGACCGACACCGGGUUCCUGGCGAUAGCAACAGAGGUGGAGAAUGACGGAGAGGAAGCCUCGGAACCUCCAGAAAAAAUCAAGGAAUUAUUGAAGGAGUUCCAAGACAUUCUUCCUGACGAUCUUCCGAACGAGCUACCGCCAUACCGAACGCAUCAACACGAGAUCGUGGAGGAACCGGGUUCGAAGCCGACCUUCCGAGCACCAUACCGGCUCAGCCCUACGGAGCUGACUGACAUGAAAAAACAGAUCGAGUAUCUCCUAGCCAAAGGACUCAUCCGGCCAUCCACUUCGCCCUACGGUGCCCCAGUACUCUUCACCCCGAAACCGGACGGAAGCCUGCGCAUGUGCAUCGACUACCGAGCUCUUAACAAGCAGACCAUCAAGAAUAAAUAUCCGAUACCGCGAAUCGAUGACCUGCUUGACCAGCUUCGGGGAGCUACGGUAUUUUCCAAACUGGAUCUGCGGUCCGGAUACUGGCAGAUACGGAUGGCGGACAACUCUAUCCACAAAACCGCUUUUCGAACUCGGUACGGAUCGUACGAGUAUUUGGUAAUGCCGUUCGGACUCACCAACGCGCCGGCAACGUUCCAAGCCGAAAUGAACCACAUUCUACGACCACUUCUGGAUGAAUGCGUGGUGGUGUACCUGGACGACAUCCUCAUCUACUCGCGCGACAUGAAGCAGCACGUCGAACACCUGCGACGCGUCUUCGAAAUUCUUCGACGGGAACGAU